AGACAGAAGUGAGAAACCUUUUGAGCUUUUGGUCAAGGAAUGACAAGGCUUCCAAAACUAUAGGUUAUUGGUUUUGCCCUUGAUUGCCUCCCAGAAGUUUAAGGUAACGCCCUAGUGAUAAAGAUACCAUGUGGAGGGCCACCCUCACAUCCUCCAUUGUUUGAUGGUGCCGAUAUCCGGCAGGAUGCACCUAGUAAAAGGGCAAUAUGCAAGCGCCUGGUAAAUUCCUCACUCAGGGGGACACGUAUGCUGUGGUACGUCAUCUGGCAUGUUUGGCAGCGACCAGCCAGAGAGUGACACGUCCUAGGCGAGGAUAGUUUCCUAUAUAAGGGAUGGUUUUUCCCUCACUCGGGGUCUCCGUAUUGUAAGCUUAUGCUCUCGCUCUCAAGAUGCAUUAAAGCUUUUCUGCAGGAGGAUCCUUUGUGUCCCGCGUCAUUCUUGCUGGCGAGAAGAAACGUGGGACAUUUGGUGCCAGAAACCCAGGAAAAAGACCUGGCCCUCGUCAGCACCUCCAGAGACCCCUUGGUGACAAGGAGGAUUCAGAACUGCAGCAUAAUGAAAAUCCAGUUUGGGUUCUGGGAUGACUUACUCGGAAUAUCAAGACAGAGGACCAAGAAGAUGACAACUCUGGUGAUCCUCAUGCUGAUCCAGGGAGUGCCAAUAAAAGUGCAGAGCGAACUACGGUGGGGAAUAAUGUCAACCUUCCCCCUCCCGAUGCUGGUGAUGUAUAAUGCCCAAGUGUUUCCACGUUUCUUUACUACCAACAAAGAAUUGGGACUAGCCUAUUUACCAUUAGAUUCCCAUAUAGAGCAAGUAAAAGAAAAUAGGACUAUUCCCCUUAAGGGCAGCCUCUGUUUUGGCAUAUUCAACAAAACAUCUUCUGAUCUUCCUUGUAUUAUGUUGAGUAAUCAAUCUUCUGCUUGGUUAAGGGAGGCCACAUGGGGAACUGGUGAGGAAGACAUUGUGGCUAACGCCACAGUUCUCUAUGGUUGGUGGCCUUACAUUAACUCCUCCACCUGCCCUCUCCGUCAACCAAAGUUGGCACCCUUUUGUAGAGGAACCCAGGAUGAAGAACUUACUUUGCCUUGGACUGGUUGCCAGUCCCGGGACUCUGCCUGGGCAGUCCAGAAUUUUUUUUCCUACUCCCCUGAUUUGGGAGGCGGAGAGAACUUCACCACCAUUGAUCCUAGAUGGUCCAAUAAUAAUCCCUUUGAUCAAUGGAUGCUUUGUGGCAUUAAUGGUAGCUGCACUGAUGUUAUGCCCAUGGCGAUGCUACUUGGAGGAAAGGGCGAAAAGGGACGGUUAUCAUUUUCCUGAACGGGGAAUAUCCACCCUUUAGCCUCUGUCUGGACAGCUACUCACAUAAAAUAUAAACCUUACUGGAGCACGAGGUUUAACCCUGCUCCGGUUUGUGUCUGGCUGCCAUUUGUGUGGAUUAUAAGUAAUGCCACUAAAGUUUUUAAAUUGAAUUGUACAGACGGUUCAUGUUUUUAUGCCCUGUGCUGGGAUGCUAGCCAAUAUUCCAUAGCGGUAGUUACCCGCAUGCCUCGCUUUAUCCCGGUCCCUGUUGAGACUCCGGGGACCCUGACCUUAUUUAGAGGAAAGAGAAAUUUUGGCAUCUCUGCAAUUAUUGUUGGCAUUAUUGCUACAACGGCAGUUGCUGCUUCGGUUACUGCCUCGGCAUUGGCCUUGUCAAACUCAGUACAGACAACCCAAACUAUCAAUGAUUUAUCAGCUACCGUCUCUGUGGCUCUGGACAGACAGGCCUCGGCUAAUACUCAGAUACAAGGAGGCCUCAUGCUUGUUAACCAACAUAUAGAUCUGGUCCAAGAGCAGCUAGACAUCCUGUGGCAACUGGCCCAGCUUGGCUGUGAACAAAAGCUCCCCGGCCUUUGUGUCACGUCUAUACAGUAUGAACAAUUUACCAAAGCUGCCAAUUUGUCUAAAACCCUUUCACAGCAUUUGUUACAGAAUUGGACCUCGGAUUUUGAGCAGACACUUAGGGAAUUGAGAGCGGCCAUCAUUCAAGUAAACUCUACCCGACUGGAUCUGUCUUUGACAGAAGGAUUGUCAUCCUGGAUCACCUCAGCAGUCUCUUAUUUUAAGGAAUGGGUGGGGGUGGGACUUUUUGGAGCAGUCCUCUGCUGCGGAUUAGUGUUACUCCUCUGGUUGUUUUGCAAAUUGAGAUUUCAAACAAAGAGGGACAAAAUUGUGAUCGCCCAGGCGCUUAUAGCCCUUGAACAAGGAGCGUCAGCCGAUAUUUGGUUGACCAUGCUCAAGCAAUAGGUCGCCGGCUGGACAGCUCUUGCACUCCUAGAACCUCGGUUCAUUGCACAGGAUUAGAGUGUCCGGCUUGAGCAGCCCAUGAGGGAUGACGAGCUUAGCAUCGCACAGGGAAGUUCUACCAAACACGCUCCCUGGAAGGCAUGUCAUAUUACAUGAGGGUAUCUGCCCCAGUUUUCCCUCCCUCAAAAAAUGGCAGUGCGACAGGCUGGGAGUGCCCUGGGUCUCAACAACAGCUUAAGGGUAUCUCUCUUGUACAGGUUCGCCAACUUUGUGCGAGGAUAUGACCUCUGCCUUCACCCUCCUAUUUAUGGGUGUCCUAUUUGCUUAUAAACAGAAAAGGGGGAGAUGUGGAGGGCCACUCUCACAUCCUCCAUUGUUUGAUGGCGCUGAUAUCCGGCAGGAUGCACCUAGUAAAAGGGCAAUACGCAAGCGCCUGGUAAAUUCCUCACUCAGGGGGACACGUAUGCUGUGGUACGUCAUCUGGCAUGUUUGGCAGCGACCAGCCAGAGAGUAACAUGUCCUAGGCGAGGAUAGUUUCCUAUAUAAGGGAUGGUUUUUCCCUCACUCUGGGUCUCCGUAUUGUAAGCUUAUGCUCUCGCUCUCAAGAUGCAUUAAAGCUUUUCUGCAGGAGGA